UGUUAGUACAAAUUGCUGACAGAUGCCACUAUGGGACAAACCAUGGAGCGUCAUACGGGAGUUUCCUCAUUGCCGUUUGAAAGCGUUCGCAGAUAUUUGUCAAAUCAUGCCCCACUUUUUACUGGCAAAAACAUAAUUGCUUCUACUUGAGUCUCCGUUCUAGCGUGUUAUACAUCCCAACGCUUAGUUCAAAUCAUUCGGCCUUCUAGAUAACAACAAAAUGGUACUGCUACUCAUCUCAUUUUUGAUUGUACUUACGCUGUUAAAACUAGUUCAUCGAAACAACCACCGAUUCGCAAAGGACCUUCCAUCCGUCGAACCGUGCUAUCCACUGUUGGGCAAUGCAUUGAUGUUCGUCGGAAAAAGCCCUGAGCAAAAGUUUGAAAACCUAGCGCGAGGAUUUCUUCAAAAUGAUCGCCUUUUCAAGUUGUGGUUCGGGCCGAAGCUCACACUUGGCACCAGUCAUCCGGAGUUGGUGCAAAAAAUCGUCAACCAUCCGGACUGUAUCGAGCGGCCUCUGUUUUUCUACAAACAGCUUCGGAUGACGCAAGGGCUGCUGGUGGCUCGACAUGGACUCUGGAAGCAGCAGCGUAAGGCACUGAAUUCCACCUUCAAUCUGAAAAUUCUUCACAGUUUUAUACCGAUCUUUGAGGAGUGCAGUCGGAAAUUGGUGAAUCGUUUACAGAACCACGUAGGAUGUUCAAAACCUAUCAAUUUGGCACAGUUUGUGUCCCAAUGUACGCUGGAGAUGGUCUGCGGAACAACCCUCGGAAUGGAACAUUUGCAGCAGGAGUCCGGAAGUCGAUUUCUGCAUCAUAUUGAACGAGUGAUGGAUAUCAUGGGCGAACGGAUCUUGAGUAUACCCAUGCAGAUAACUGCACUUUAUUUCUUCACUCCUAUGUUCUGGCAGGAAAUGCACUCAUUGAAGAUGAAUCGACAGUAUGCUGCUGAGAUCAUCGAUGAAGGACGUCGAAAAAUGAAAGCAAACGAGCAAAGUAAUACAAUAGACGAGGACCAAGAUGGCUACCAUAAGCCGCAGAUCUUUCUGGAUCAGAUUCUGUCUGCAAAUCGAGCGGGGAAGCCUUUCGAUGAUGAAGAAAUUCAACACAACGUUCGUACUAUGAUUGCCGCUGGGAACGAUACGUCCGCACUGGCGAUAUCCCACUGCUGUUUGUGGCUCGCUAUGUAUCCGGAAAUCCAGGAACGCGUUCAUAGCGAAAUCAAGGUACAUUUCCCCUACUCCGACUCCGAGAUCACCCCGGAAGGACUGAAAAAGCUCACCUAUACCGAGAUGUGCAUCAAAGAAACGCUGCGUCUGACCGGACCUGCCCCCAAUAUUGCGCGAGAAACCUUGGCAGACGUGGAGCUUGAUGGACUGAUCGUCCCUAAGGGAACCACCAUUAUACUGAGCUUGUACGCUUUGCACCGAAGGCAGGAUGUUUGGGGCCCACAGGCAGAUCGUUUCAAUCCGGAUAACUUCGAUGAGGACAAAUGCAGAACCCGACCGGCUGGAGUUUUCAUUCCGUUCAGUACCGGGCCAAGGGAUUGCAUUGGUGGGCGGUAUGCAAUGAUCAGUAUGAAAAUCAUGAUCUUGUACAUUUUACGGAACUUUAGGUUGACAACUCAACUGAAACCGGAGCAGUUGCGGUACAAGUUUGGAUCAACUUUGAAACUAGCUUGUGACCAUAUGAUUCAAUUGGAGAAACGAGUGGAUUGAUCGAAGAAUGCAUUGAGAAGUCCAUAACUUAUGAUAUUUAUUUAGUAGGGAAUAGCAGGAGUAUACCAGAUUUCUCAUAUUCUUACGUAUUCAAUCCCUCUGAGCAGAAUCUCAUUAAAGAUAUUCAAAAAAGAA